UCAUAAUAUGAAAAUAGAAUAUAUUUUUUAAUUUCGAUACUAUGAGCUAAAAGACCGGCGAGCGAAAUUCAAAUACAUUAACGAGUCAAUACUGGCGGAAGAAAACGUGACGCUGUAGUGCCGUAAGGAGACCAGCGGCGCAGAAGGGAAGCGCAGUAGAAAAUGUAAGGGUGGUCACAAACGAAACGAUGAGACGGAUUCUAGCGUUUGUGUUCGGACUUAUUAGACGCAUGCGCGGUUUGUGACCGAGAGUCGCAGGGUGCAGGGUGAGAGGUGAAGGGUGAAGGGGUGCGUCGCAACGUCGGAGCCAGCGAGUAGCGGAGCGAGUGCCGGAGCCCGCGCGGCGCCGCACAGCAUGCCCUGCCGUCAUCAGAGACCUGCAAACACACUCGGGAGGUCAGCGAGUUCACUCAACACGUCAUCUGUUUCGGUGCUGUGAAUGAGGACUCCCGCGAGGGUCUGACCGCGGAACUCUUGCAGGGUUGUCGCUCAGUGAGGGAUCGAACGGAGAAUACGAUGAUUGUGUCGGAGGAAGCUCGGGACCGGUGACGCUCCGUGUUGAGCAGCUCGCGGUAUGCCGGGCGGCCGCCGGGGGCUCGUCGCCCCACAGAACACCUUCCUGGAGAAUAUCAUUCGAAGAUCCUCCUCACAGCCAGACAGCAGUUUCCUUCUGGCAAACGCUCAGAUCGUGGACUACCCCAUCGUGUACUGUAACGAAACCUUCUGCAAAAUGAGCGGAUACAACAGAGCAGAGGUCAUGCAGAAGUCAUGCCGAUGUACGUGGAUGUAUGGAGAGCUGACAGAAAAAGAGGCUGUGGAGAGAGUAGACCGCUCGCUCGAUCAUCAUCUUGCAGAUCAAUUUGAAAUACUCCUCUAUAAAAAGAACCGCACGCCGCUGUGGCUGCUGGUCCACGUGGCACCCAUCAAGAACGAACGCGAGCUGGUGGUGUUGUUUCUGCUCACCUUCAGAGACAUCACCGCCCUCAAGCAGCCCAUCGACGCCGACGACCCCAAGGGAGGUCUCUCCAAGUUCGCGAAGCUGGCUCGCAGCGUGACGCGCUCCAGGUCGGUGCUGGUGUCCGCGCUGCCCGCCCUCAAGGAGCCGGCGAGACAGAGCCAGCUCGCGCAUGUCAGUACCACUCACACACCGCACCAUGUUAUGUCGCUGUCAGGCGACGUGCUGCCGCAGUACCGACAGGAGGCUCCCAAGACCCCGCCCCACAUCCUGCUGCACUACUGCGCCUUCAAAGCGAUCUGGGACUGGAUCAUUCUCUGCCUCACCUUCUACACGGCCAUCAUGGUGCCCUACAACGUCGCUUUUAAGAACAAGACCAGCGAGGAUGUGUCGCUUCUCGUCAUCGACUCGAUAGUGGACGUAGUGUUCUUUAUCGAUAUCGUAUUAAACUUUCACACCACGUUCGUGGGGCCGGGAGGUGAGGUCGUCAGUGACCCGAAGGUUAUUCGAAAAAACUAUUUCAAGUCAUGGUUUUUGAUUGAUCUUCUUUCCUGCUUGCCUUACGACGUUUUUAACGCUUUCGACCACGACGAAGAUGGCAUCGGCAGCCUCUUUAGUGCCCUGAAAGUAGUUCGUUUGCUACGGCUGGGUCGAGUGGUUCGCAAGCUGGACCGCUACCUCGAGUACGGCGCCGCCAUGCUCAUUUUGCUGCUGUGCUUCUACAUGCUAGUCGCACACUGGCUCGCCUGCGUCUGGUACAGCAUCGGUCGCUCCGACGCCGACUCCGGGCUCCAGUACUCGUGGCUCUGGAAGUUAGCGAACGUGACGCAGAGUCCUUAUUCUUACGUGUGGUCCAACGAGUCCGACGGCCCCGAGCUCGUGAACGGGCCGUCUCGGAAGACGAUGUACGUCACCGCACUCUACUUCACGAUGACCUGCAUGACCUCCGUGGGCUUCGGCAACGUCGCCGCCGAGACCGAUAACGAGAAGAUCUUCACCAUCUGCAUGAUGAUCGUGGCAGCUCUGCUUUACGCCACGAUAUUCGGCCACGUGACGACCAUCAUACAGCAGAUGACUUCGGCCACGGCCAAGUAUCACGACAUGUUGAACAACGUGCGCGAGUUCAUGAAGCUGCACGAGGUGCCGAAGGCGCUGAGCGAGCGCGUCAUGGACUACGUGGUGUCCACGUGGGCCAUGACUAAGGGCCUCGACACGGACAAGGUGCUGAAUUACUGCCCGAAGGACAUGAAGGCCGAUAUCUGCGUCCAUUUAAAUAGAAAAGUUUUUAACGAGCACCCCGCCUUCCGCCUCGCGUCCGACGGCUGUCUUCGAGCGCUAGCUAUGCAUUUUCACAUGUCGCACUCGGCGCCCGGCGACCUUCUUUACCACACGGGAGAGUCCAUCGACUCGCUAUGUUUCAUCGUCACGGGCAGCCUCGAGGUCAUCCAGGACGACGAGGUUGUGGCCAUACUAGGUAAGGGAGACGUCUUCGGUGACUCGUUCUGGAAGGACAGCGCCGUGGGCCAGUCUGCCGCCAACGUACGCGCGCUGACCUACUGCGACCUCCAUACCAUCAAACGCGAUCGCUUGCUCGAGGUGCUCGACUUCUACCAGGCGUUCGCCAACAGCUUCGCGAGAAAUCUCACUCUAACAUACAAUCUUCGACAUCGACUCAUUUUUCGUAAAGUCGCGGACGUCCGCCGCGAACGCGAGCUGAUGGAGAGGCGGAAACGGGAACCGCAACUGGAGCAAGCGCAGGACCACCUCGUGAGAAAGAUCUUUUCUCGUUUUCGACGCGAACGAAGCGUGGCGGCGACACCCGCUCCCGCCCCACGCGCCUCCCUCGCCGCUCUCGUGCCGGCCGCGAGCGACCCGGAGCGCGGAGACGGUAUGAGCAACGCCACCAGCACGGCCGCCGCCAGCGCCGAGGACGCAAAACAGGGAGCCGGAGCGGCCGCCGUCACCGCUAGAGGGAAGUGGGGUCGACUCGUGGCUAGCGGCUCCCUGGACGCGGGGGAGGCGCCUCGGGCCGCCUUCACCAGGUCACUGAGCGCUCGAGACCGACCCGCCGCCCCCGGGGCGAGUGACGCGACCACCGCGCCCACCAUGGCUAUCAAGAAUAUUUUCGGGCGCGGUCGAGCCGGCAGCGUGCUGGGAGCGGCCGCCAGGAGGGAGCCCAUCGACGAGGAGGCGGACGACAAAAAAGUCACUUCACCCGUCACCAGCAAGACGUCGACGACCACAGGCACGACCGCACCCGCUCAGGCGACCGCGCCCGCGCCGGCGCCGGCUCCCGCGGCCUCGUCCGCUUCUGCCGUCGCCAGCGUCUCGAUGGCCACACCCGUACCAGCACCGGCGCCCGCCGCCGCACCUCCCGCCGCCGUCUCCGCACACGAGGCGGCGCUGGCUGAACUGAGAAGAGAUGUUCGCACCGAAGUACAACGUCUCCAGCAGAAGUUAGGCCGAGUCGAAGAACUGCUGACGAUGCUGGCGGCGCGACUGGGAGCGGAGCCUGCGGACGUGACGCCAGACAGCGAGAAGAAUGAACGGUCCGACAGGGUCGAGCGCCUCGAGCGAACUGACCGAGCGGACCCUGCCUCUCUGGCCAGGAAGAGACGCACUAAGGCGCGGAGCAAAGGCGCCGCCCCGCAGGUGCCGACUCCGCCGGGAGAGUCCCCGGAGAGCCCGGCAGGCACGAGCGCCGCGAGCGGGGGCGCACUGCCGGCGGGAGCGAGCGCUGCGGCCGCUAGGAGGCGAGAGUUCGUGUAGCGCGCGGUGGCGGGGGGCGCGCCCUCCUAGCGAGUCGCCCGCCGCCACGACACGCUCCCACUCACACCACACUUCCAGCGACCUCCGCGCCAGUCGCAGCAAUGAACGCGCUGAGGACGCACGACCCGCUCCCGGGCGGGGAGGAGGUCGAACGGAAGAGCAGCGAGGACUUUGGUCGCGAGUGAAUCGUCCACAGAGACUCCGUUUUCGGUCUUCGAUAAACUACGCUUGAGCAAAAUUAGUUAGUUCGCAACAGGCUGUAUGCAUCGGCUACUGCCUACUAGUUACUUACAUGAGGAUAUGAGGCGGUCGUCUUUAUGACGGCCCAACACAUGUGUGUUGUAAAUAACUAAAUAUUUACUUCGUUCGAUAAAUAAAACAUUAUUAUGGUUGUAAAACGAUAACCUUGAAAGGUGCUUUCCCGCACUAGGAACAUAUUGUUGUUAUAUUAAUUUGGCCAUUUGAGUCUGUGCCACGAGAGACCUCGCCUGCAGACCCUGCACGAGGCUCGGCCAUCACCCGCUACCCGCCAGUAACUCUAGGGUCUCGCCGUCUCACCGUCUCACCGUCUAUGUACAUACCACGGUCCACGCGACGCUCACGACUCGGCACACACGCCUGUCGCCGAGGCAGCAGUGAGCCGACCUCGCCCGCUGUUAGAGCAAUAUGUUGAAGUAUACAUAGUUUAUAUUUAGGGGUUUGUAAAAAUAUAUAAAUAAAUUAUACUAUACACUCUUAUAUUUUAAAAUUUUGUAAGCAAUACUCUUUCACGAUUUAUUUCACUAUCUUGUAAACAUGAUCACACAAACGACCAAAUAUUUUCUUACGAUUACCAAAUGUAUGUUAUGUGAGAGACGACGUCCCCGGACCGAGCUCAGCUUCUUGAUGUUCUCUUAGCCGGCAUAUUGUAACCGUCGUUAUAUCCCCGGAACCGAUCUCAGGUGGAUCUCUUGCCCGGAGCCGCCGCUGUGGACCGUCUCUCAACAUAACAAUCAUAAAGCAGACUUCGGAUCUGUCCGUAUUUUUGUGAGAACGCUUUGAUAUUAAAGUUAAUUAUUAAAAUACUGAAAGAAUUAUUAUAAAUUAAGCGAUCACGUAGAAUGGAUCACAUUUACAAUGCGUCGAUCUGACUCUCGUGCGUCGGCUGUCACCUUGUUAUUAUAUAAAAUGUUUAUUUCAUAGUUAAUAUUCAUUGUAAUCUAGAGAGACUCAUUCGUAAACAUAUCUUUGUGAAAAGGCGCAGCAUCAUCACUCUCUCAGGGAACAUCUUUAAACGGCGAAGUUUGUGAGCUGGCGACGGCCUGCGACCAGGUCCGGGUCGUUUGAGGGAGCCGCUCGUGUCGAUUGUAUUCUAUGUCCGAUGAUCCAGCUCAUAUUAUAAUUUUAUGAAAAUAAUAUUUGACCGGAACUUGUUGGACUCCUGUGUAGUAUGUUGCAAUCAGUGUGCUUAAUUUUUUGCUGAAAAAAUCGUACACCGACUGCUAGACAUAGGUGGCGAUCGAAAAUGACCUGGAACACUAGGAGCUAGCAACUCUAUUUAGAAAUACAUGUUUGUCGCAAAGAAAUCAUCCGUCGCCACGCCUUCCACUCACAACUUCGUACGAUCAUCACACAGUCAGUGAGGUCAGGACGAGCUCCGCACUACCGUCCGAAGCGCCGAUUGUUCAUUAGUUUAUUUGUUGUUGAUGUUUUUAAAUUUUAUGAAUUACCUUCGAAUCGACGCGCCGGCGCCUCGAGCCGAGGAAUGACAGGGAUAGGAGUGGAAUAUGUGUCGAGGGAAGGAAAUCGUGCGAGGGCUCGGGGCGCCGGGCGGAGAUCAAGCGCACCAACGGUCUGUCGCGAAUACAGUUAUAGACUAAAGGCGGACACCAGAGCCCCACGCUAAGACGCUGCUCCUAUCUUUUUAACGAGAAAUAUAUUAUCGAUACAAACACAAA